CCCGUGCCACAACAGCACGUGCAGGCUAGGCACCUAUAAAGCUCGGUCCUCCCAUAGAGGGGGCAGUCAGUGCUUUAAGGUCGUCUACUAAAUGGGCCAUCGUCACAGUUAGCGCUAUUCGCGCCUUUCAACCACGUCCUGAUCUUAAAGGUUUCCAUUUCUCCACCCGUGAGCAAUUUUCCAGCUAAGGGCGGCAAAAAUGGCAGCAAUUCCAUCCACUGGCUCCCUCAUCGCCACGCACGAUUACUACAGAAGGCGCCUGGGAUCCAACUCCAGCAACAGCUCCUGUGGGAGUGCGGAGUACACUGGAGAGGUUAUUCCACACCCCCCAGGUCUUCAAAGGCAAGAUUCUGGCCACUGGUGGACUUCAUUUUUCUUUGCCAAACAGAACCAGCCCGGCAUGCCGAACGGAUCUGACACUCAAAAGAACAGCACCUACACAGUGGCCAACGGUCAGGUGACCUGCGUCGCCAGGGAAAUGGUUUUGAACAGAAAACUCAGUGUAAGCAGCGACAACGGAAAGUCCGAAACAUCGACCCCUCCACCUACUUCCGCCUAGACUCCACCCCCGCCUCACCUACCUGUCUCCUGCCAUCGCCCCCCCACAUGGCCCCUACAUGGCCCCUACAUGGCCCCCACAUGGCCUCCACAGCUCGUCACCCAUCACCUAGUCCACGUCACCGGAGAUGAUGAUGAUGAUGAUGGUGGUUGUUACUUUUUAGUCAAUGCUUUCUGUUUUUUGCCCACCAAUAGUAUAUUUUUGUUAUGACCAAAAGUUUAAAAAAGUAUGUAAAAGUGUUUUUCAUUUUGUUCUUGUGACUUUAAACUGUUAAUAAAUAAUAAAUAAAAUGCUUACAGCAUUAA